AUGCCGUUUGGUGCCCGGACUCAGUUUGUCUACGACUGGGGGGCGAUUACGAAGGGACACCUUGGUGACCUCGCACAACCAGGUGGGCAGUGGAAUGGCAUCAUUGGGAAACUCAUCAACACCCAUGACACUACCUCCCAGACCUGCACAUCCCUGGCUCCACUGUUUCCUAUCCAAGGCAUGCUGACCAAGGUCUUCAUUCCCAAGUACUGCAAACAGGGCAAGGGCAAAUCCCUCCUCCAAUUCCACUACGCAAUUCAGUGCAUACCAGCGGUCAAGAAACCUGCCCCUGCUCAGCCUGAACAAUCAGCCACACAGGACGCCGACACUCCAGAUUCUCCAUUGCCACCUUCCGUGUCUUCUACUCCUCCAGAACCGCCAUCAACCAACCCAAGCGUAACUGCCCCCACCACAGCUCAGCCAACUCUACCCUCCUCAUCCACCAAGCGUUCCAGUCGCAAGGGGUCUAAGAAUCGCCGGGCCAAGCAACCUCUUGAGAAACCUACAGAGACGCCUCAGGCUACUCCCCCCACACCUCUUCCACGGCCCACUCCGGCACUGAAGUCUACAACCCAGGCAGCAACCAACCCUCCUACGCCGUCUUCUGCUCGGGCAAAACUUUCUGCAUCUGAGCAGCCCCUGGUCACUGAGGCAUUUGAUCGCAGCGCAUGGCUGGCGGCAAUGGAUGUGGAACUGAACCAGGGCCCAGCCGGUCUCUUCCAAAUGAUUCUACCAGGCCCAAUCGAUGGCUUCUAUGUGUUCGUGGUGCGCCAAAAGUUUGCCUCAUUGGCACAGGAAGUUCUCAAGAACCUGGCAGCCUUCCUUAUUUCUCACCUUGAGUUAUGGCAGGACCUGAAGCAUCAGCGGAAGACAUGUCGCACCUGGCUCUGCUUGGACCACUAUAAUCGAACGGUUACCAACGCUAUGACCUGGGACCAAAGCCAACAUCGUGCAAUCUUGGAGUACGAGCGGGACGUCGAUUUGGACCAGCAAGUCGAGAAAGAUGAUAAUGAGUGGAUUGAGAAGCUCCUCGCGGCAGAGCAGGCUUCUCCGGCAUUUGAGGGCACCAUCACGAUUGACCUUUCAAUGCCAGCUGCAAAGGAUAUGGAUGACGGGGCUACGGUAGGCAGCGCGGCAAAUAUGGCAGCACUAUUGGAGAACAUGAAAGCGGAUGUCAACGACCUUUGCUCGGAACUAGAGACUGCGGCGGAAAAACUGGCUCAAGCUAAGGAUGCGGAGGCUGCCAAGGAUGCUCAUAUCCUUGAAUUGGAGGCCAAAAUGGCGGCACAAGCAUCGGUCACAGGCAAGCACCGCUCAUCAAGCCCCUCCUCCAGCAAGGCAACAUCAUCGGCUGACAGUGGGGGUGGCCCCCCCCGGCGGUGGUCCCUAACCACCAACGGUCCCGUCACGCAAGGUUGCGGCGUUUGA